AUCCUCCUCACACACCGCGCUGGUCAGCGGUCCGUCCUGGCCAGCUCCACCUCGCACGCGCACCCGCCAGCCUGGCGCUGAGCACCGGCGCACGUCCAGCCAGCCGCCCCGUGCGGCCGAGCUGCCGGCCCUCCUAGCGUGCUCAGACGCUCCGCCAGAGCGCCGGCAUGGCGUCCUCGUCCGACGCCGCUCGGGCCAGCAGCGAGGAUGCCUCGGCAGUCGCGUCCGACGCGGCGCAGUCGGCAGCGUCGGGCUCCAGGCCGGGCGCGCGUCGCGGCCGCCGCAGCGAGCUCGACGGCCUGAGCUUCGACAAUCCCGGCCCGCGCCUGCUGGCGUCGCUGCGCCUCGACGGCACCAGCUCGGGCUCAGAGGGCCGCAGAAGCCGCCGCAGCGCCUCGAGCGCCAGCACGAGCGCAGCGCCGACGCCGCGGCCUAGCUCGCCUCCGUCCGGCCUCGUGCCUCGCGCGGCUGCCGCAGCGGGCAGCACGCCGGGUGCCAAUGGCGCUCGCGCUGCAGACUGGACCGGUCGCGCGUCCGCUGCCAAGUACGGCAGCUCUUCGCGCGUCAGAGCUUACUCUGUGAGCCCGUCGCCCAUGUCGUCCGAGACCGAGGUCGAAGAGCAGGCAGCAGCGGGCGGCUCGAGCGUCCGGACCAACGGCCACGCCUCGCCGCCUGCGCCAAUUGCACUCACACGGCCUGCACGAGAACGUCGCCCUUCUCAUCGCACCCGCGACCUGGAGGACACACUCCUCUCGCCCACACGCCCACGCGCCACUUCGAGCGCCGGCGCCUCGCCUCGCAAGCGCCAGCGCGCUGGGCCCUCGGCGGCCAUGACGCUCGAGGACUUGCGCGGCAUGUGCGUGCGUGACGCGCAGCUGGACCUGGAGGGCGUGCACACGGAGCACGACACGCAUCUGCGCGAGCUAUUCCAUCUGGAGAAGUUCGUGACGUACAUCGGCUUCGAUCCUGAGGAGGCGGCACGCGACCGCAGCGCCGUCUGGCAGCAGUUCCAGGCGCUGCACGAUCUCGCUCUCAAGGAGCCGAGCGGCUCCACCUCUCGCGCCGGGCGCACCACACGUCGCAUCGUCUCGAGCCGCCUCGAGACGCUGGCGCUGCGCAAGCCAACGCCGACGCGCGCAAAGGGCUCAGACCAAGACGAGUCCUCUGCGCGCAAGUCGAAGGGCAAGGGUCGGCAGACAGACGAGGGCGCCUCGAGCUCGAAUGGCUGGCCGGACACGGCGGCCGACGACGCAUCAGAGCCACGCUCUCGGCAGCGUGCACCCCGCAGAAGCGCACCAGGCGACUCGUCCUCCGAGUCCGAGCCCGAAGAUUCGCACGCGAACUCGGACACGCCAUCUCGAGGUGGCAAGCGAUCCGGACCCUCAGCCAGCACGCUGUGGCGGCAGAAGCGAGCCGCCGAGCUUGCAGCCCGCGGCACGCCUCGGCGAGGGCCCGGCCGUCCGCGCAAGGCCGCACCGGGCCGCCACGUCUACCUCAAUCCUGCGCAGCUGCCUGCGCGGCCGCACUUCGCUGGCGACCUGCAGUCCUACUGGGACAGCUUCAACACGGCAGGCGGCAGCGCAGAGGGCUGGGAAGAGGUGCCGCACGAGCGACGAGCUGCAGCCGAGGAAGCCGCCAUCGCGACCUGGGUCUUGGCGGACCGGCUGCGCGGCGAAGGCGUCAUGUCGUCGUUUGGCAGCUCCGGCUCGGCGCUGCGGCCGGCUCGCGAGCCUGCGCGGCCAGAAGACGCCUACAGCGUCGUCGUGGCCGCUGCGGCCGCAAGAGCCUCGAAAAUGCGCGCAGAGACGCGCACGCACAUCGCCGCCGCGCGCAAGAUCUCGCGCGCAGUGCAGACCUACUGGGAGGAGCGCUUGGGCACCGGUCAGCGGCAGCUGCGAGCCGAGGAGCGCCGUCUGCGCGCGCUGGCCAAGUGGACGAUCCGCGAGGUGCUCGGGCAGUGGAAGCUCGCGCAGGCGGUCGUGCGCGCGCGCAAAGAGCAGGAGGAGAAGGAGAGCGCCGACAAGGCGAAGCGCGCGCAGCUGAAGUCGAUCAUUGAGGAGAGCGCACUGCGGCUGGGCAAGCAGCAGGACGCGCUGGAGCAGGCCCUGAGCGAGGAGGACGAGGAUGGCAGUCCUAGCGAGGAGGAGGACAGCAGCUCCGCCGACGAGUCUUCCGACGAGCAGCAGCUCGACACUGCGAGCGAAGGCGAGCUCGAGCCCGAGACGGCCACCCUCGUUCGCCGCGUCUCGAGCGGCACGCACAGCGACGACGAGAGCAUCGUCUCUGGCCCCUCGCGCAGCCAGAGCCAUCGCUCCAGCCGCGAGCCUGAAGACGCAGAUCUGUCACAAAGCAGCGCUGUCUCAAACGGCCACGUGCACGAGGAUGCGCCAGUCUCGGCGCCGCAGACCAAUGGCCAUCACGCCUCACCCGAGGCACCGGAGCCGAUAGCCGCCGACGAGCCACCUGUCGUGACCAAACGGUCGCGCUCGCCGUCCCCCGUGCGCAAGCCGAAGCGUGCACGCGUCGAGGCGCCGCAGCAGCCGGAUCCUGACGCAGACGACGUCGAGUUCUCCAAGCCGCAGGACGCCGAUGCCGCUGAGGCGGAAGACGCCGAGCUUGAGCGCACGAUGUGGGACGAGGACGAGGAGGACGACAGCGAGGAGGACGGCCUGGCGGCAGACGCCGAUCUGCCCAUCGAGGAGCUCAUGCGCCGUUACGGCUACGGCGCGGCAGAGGAGAAGGAGGAGGUCACGCCGGACUUCGAGCCGCCCAACUCAGGCACCAGCGACGCUUCCGACGCCGACGACAGCUCGCCGCACCCGCUCAUCGUCGAGCUGGACGAAGACGGCCAGCCGAUGGCCUCUAGUCACGCCACGAGUCCAGAUGAGACUCCGCGCGAGCCGAGCGAGGACCAGGCGCAAGCCGAGGGCCAAGAAGUCGAGAAGCGCUCGCGCUCCGCGACUCGUGCGUCGUCGGCUGUCUCUGUCGCCGAGCAGGACGCCGUGCCAGAGAUCAAGAUCCGCCCGCCGUUCCUGCUGCGUGCCAACCUGCGCGCCUAUCAGCAGAUCGGCUUCGAGUGGCUCGCCGGUCUGUACGCAAACGAUGUGAAUGGCAUCCUCGCCGACGAGAUGGGCCUCGGCAAGACGAUCCAGACGAUCACGCUGCUGGCGCAUCUCGCGUGCGACAAGGGCAUCUGGGGCCCGCAUCUCGUCGUGGCGCCGACGAGCGUCAUGCUCAACUGGGAGGUCGAGUUCAAGAAGUUCCUGCCGAGUUUCAAGAUCCUCUCGUACUACGGCUCGCAGAAGGAGCGCAAGGAGAAGCGCCGCGGCUGGAACACCGAGGGCAGCUUCAACGUCUGCAUCACGUCGUACCAGCUCGUGCUCGCCGACCAGCACAUCUUCCGGCGCAAGCCGUGGGUCUACCUCGUGCUCGACGAGGCGCACCACAUCAAGAACUUCCGCUCGCAGCGCUGGCAGACGCUGCUCGGCUUCAACACGCAGCGCCGGCUGCUGCUGACCGGCACGCCGCUGCAGAACAACCUCAUGGACCUGUGGUCGCUGAUGCACUUCCUGAUGCCGAACGGCAUGGCCGGCGAGGGCGAGGGCGCGGGCUUCGCGAGCAUGAAGGACUUUCAGGCCUGGUUCUCGAACCCGCUCGACCGCGCCGUCGAGAGCGGCGAGCGCAUGGACGCCGAGACGCGCGACAUGGUCUCGAAGCUGCACACGCUGCUGCGGCCGUACCUGCUGCGGCGCCUCAAGAAGGACGUCGAGAAGGAGCUUCCGAGCAAGGUGGAGCAUGUCGUCUACUGCCGCCUCUCGAAGCGCCAGCGCUUCCUUUACAACGACUUCAUGUCGCGCACCAAGACGCGCGAGAGCCUGGCGAGCGGCAACUACCUCAGCGUCAUCAACGUGCUCAUGCAGCUGCGCAAGGUGUGCAACCACCCGGAUCUAUUCGAGGUGCGGCCCAUCGUCACUAGCUUCGCUACCUCUCGCUCAGUCGUGGCCGACUUCGAGGUCAAGGACCUUCUCGUGCGGCGCGAGCUCCUCGCGCACAGCGACCGUGAGCGAGUCGACCUGUCGGUCUUGAACCUCGAUGUGUCCGGACGCGAGCGCUCGCUCUCAUCCAUCCUCACGCGCGACAUCGAGGAGCUCGACGCGUCGCCGAUGCUGCCGCACGUCGAUGAGCCGACGCCAGCGCGCGAGCCGCUCGACACCUGGACCAUCGACGGGCUCAACCGCGGCCUCGAGCAGCACCGCCACGUCGAGCGCGUCGAGAAGUGGAAGCACAUCGCCUACGUCAACGCGCUGCGCUGCUCACGUCACGCUGUCUACGGCUCGGGCCUCAUCGACCUGGCCGAGCAGCUCGGCAACCAAAAGCGCCUGCUGCCGGCCGAGUGCACUGAGCACGACCGGCGUGCGUAUCUCACGCGCUGCGAUGCCGUCGGCGGGAUGGUGCAGUCGCUUGAGGCGCGCAGGACGGUCAUGCAGGACUACAUCGACCGCUUCGCCUUCGUCACGCCGCGAGCUGUGGCCGUGGACAUGCCGCGCUGGGCGCUGCCGGGCGUGUCGCGCGAGAGCCUGCCGCCCGCCGUCAUGGAGCCGGGCUUCGACACUCUGCACGCGCCCGCCGUCAAGCUGCACAUUGCCUUCCCCGACGCCUCGCUGCUGCAGUACGACUGCGGCAAGCUGCAGCAGCUCGACGUGCUCAUGCGCCAGUUCAAGGCCACUGGACAGCGCGUCCUGAUCUUCACGCAGAUGACCAAGGUGCUCGACAUCCUCGAGUCGUUCCUCAACUGGCGCGGCUACCGCUACUUCCGCCUCGACGGCACGACCAAGGUCGAGCAGCGCCAGGUGCUGACGGAGCGCUUCAAUCGCGAUCCUCGCAUCACAGCGUUCAUCCUGAGCACACGCUCAGGCGGUCUCGGCCUGAACCUGACGGGCGCGUCGAACGUCGUCUUCUUCGACCUCGACUGGUCGAAUGCGUCGAUGAGCCAGGCCAUCGACCGCGCGCACCGCAUCGGCCAGCAGCGCGAGGUGCACAUCUACAGUCUCGUAUCGGAGCACACCAUCGAGGAGAACAUGCUGCGCCGCGUGCGCCAGAAGCGCCAGCUCGACGACCUCGUCGUGCAGGAGGGCGACUUCACGACGGACCAUCUGGCGCGUGUGCAGUGGCGCGACCUGCUGGAUGAGGGCGGGACUACGCUUGCCGGAGUGCGUGUCGGUGCGGCUGAGGACGAGGAGGCCAGCGGCACGGCCAGUGGUCCGCGCGACGUCGAGAGCGCGCUGCUCGCCGUCGAGGACGAGGACGACGCCAACGCGGCGCGAGUGGUGCAGGAGGAGACCAGCCUCACGGCCGACUUUGCCGAGGAGGAGCCUCAACCCGCGCGCGAGCCCUCCGCGCCAGCAGAGCCUGCACCGCCUGCUGCGGACGCGUCAGAGGUGCUCGAGGAGGCAGAAGAGGAGGGCGGGUCUGUCGACGACUACAUUCUCAAAAUGGUGGAAGACGAGUGGGAGACGCACUUCAAAUGGGUCCGCUUUGCGUAG